AACUUUUUGCAGAAGAAGCGCGCGCGCCUGGGAGUGCUCGGGGUCCGGCGCUUGCGGCGGCUGCCAGGAGCGGGAGAGUGAGAAAUCCAGCGACUGAGAGAGCGAGAGAGAGAGAUUGAGAGCGCGGGUCCCGGGCCGCCGCCGCCUCCUCUCCGGUCGCCGCCGCCGCAGCCGCCGCCGCAGCAGGGAACGGGGCCGGGGGGGAGGGGGGCAGCCGCGGACGCGCGCGGCCGAGGACUUUGCAACUUGCCGGGGAAGGUGGAGGGGCGGGAGGGGGAGGGGCGCCCGCGCAGGAGACCUAGCGCCCAGCCCCGCCGCGGACCAUGGUGCAGCAGGCCGAGAGCUCGGAAGCCGAGAGCAACCUGCCCCGGGACGCGCUGGACACCGAGGAGAGCGAGUUCAUGGCGUGCAGCCCGGUGGCCCUGGACGAGAGCGACCCGGACUGGUGCAAGACGGCGUCGGGCCACAUCAAGCGGCCCAUGAACGCCUUCAUGGUGUGGUCCAAGAUCGAGCGCAGGAAGAUCAUGGAGCAGUCGCCCGACAUGCACAACGCCGAGAUCUCCAAGAGGCUGGGCAAGCGCUGGAAGAUGCUGAAGGACAGCGAGAAGAUCCCGUUCAUCCGGGAGGCGGAGCGCCUGCGCCUUAAGCACAUGGCUGAUUAUCCCGACUACAAGUACCGGCCGCGCAAAAAGCCCAAGACGGACCCAGCGGCCAAGCCCAGCGCGGGUCAGAGCCCCGACAAGAGCGCGGCGGGCGCCAAGGCGGCCAAGGGCCCGGGCAAGAAGUGCGCCAAGCUCAAGGCGCCGGCGGGCAAGGCGGGCACGGGCAAGGCGGCGCAGCCCGGGGACUGCGGCGCGGGCAAGGCGGCCAAGUGCGUCUUCCUGGACGACGAAGACGACGACGAAGAAGACGAUGACGAGCUGCAGCUGCGGCCCAAGGCGGACGCGGACGACGAUGACGACGAGCCCGCUCACUCGCACCUGCUGCCGCCGCCGGCGCAGCAGCAGCCCCCGCAGCUGCUGAGGCGCUACAGCGUGGCCAAGGUGCCCGCCAGCCCCACGCUCAGCAGCGCGGCCGAGUCCCCCGAGGGCGCGAGCCUGUAUGACGAGGUGCGCGCGGGCGGCCGGCUGUACUACAGCUUCAAGAACAUCACCAAGCAGCAGCCUCCUCCCGCGCCCCCCACGCUGUCGCCCGCGUCCUCGCGCUGCGUGUCCACCUCCUCCUCCAGUGGCAGCAGCAGCAGCGGCAGCGGCGCCGAGGAUGCCGACGACCUCAUGUUCGACCUGAGCUUGAAUUUCUCCCAGGGCGCGCACAGCGCCUGCGAGCAGCCGCUGGGCGCGGGCGCGGCGGGGAACCUGUCCCUGUCGCUGGUGGAUAAGGACCUGGAUUCCUUCAGCGAAGGCAGCCUGGGCUCCCACUUCGAGUUCCCCGACUACUGCACACCGGAGCUGAGCGAGAUGAUCGCGGGGGACUGGCUGGAGGCGAACUUCUCCGACCUGGUGUUCACGUAUUGAGGGGCGCAGGGCUCCUCGGGAGGCAGUCGUGGCGGUCAGGAUAAAGAGGAUG